AAAGCGAACGUCUUUAGCUCAGACUGACGCUCCCUAACCUUCCAGCCUGGCGCUAGGAGCCAGUCAGGACGUGUGCUCCGGGGGAGACGUGAUACAGAUGAUAGCCAUGCUGUCAUGGAGACCGCUGUGACUCUGCAUCUUAAUGGGCUCCUUCACACAAGCCCCUCCUCUAAAUCAUUAAUUCAGAUCUCCAGACCAAUGGGCAGAGCGGGCUCAGAGUGGGCUGCGCUGCCCCGGCGGUGCGAGAAGAACUCCUGUCACCACACAGCAACUCCUCUCUAGGUGGAAAACCCUGCACCCUGAUCGAAAUAUCCAAUAAUCAACUUGGCUGGACUGGGACGGCUGAGGACAGCCGAUGUGAAGCCUUGCCCUGGCCUGAGAGAACCCACUGAGAACGAGGUAAACGUGUGAGCCGGCCCCCAAAUUAGCUACACCGUCUCUUUAUGUUUCCUGCUGUUUUGACUGCAGCUCCUAGUAAGGAAAUAACAAAUCGAAUACAUUUCCCGUUUUUACUUAAACAAAGAAAAAUAAAAGCCUCUUUUCCAGGAAAGUAAUGCAUUUAAACAAUGGAGGAGAAACAAGUGCUUGAGAUGAGUCAUGCAGAAACAAUCAGGAAGACAAAGAGCCGCUGGCCCCCAGGGAUAAACCCCCUCGGCAAUGUGUUAUUCACAGAUCAUGUGACCGUCGUGUCAUAAAGGCAAGGCUGCAUGUCUACCGGAGGAAUCACACCAACACAAUCAUGGGACAGUGUUUCCUGAGCCGAAACGCGAAGACCUAUUUUCACACCAACCACAAAAAAAAAACGAUCCAGACAACAAAGACCCCGGCGCUGUCCUGCCCUCUGUCCUCACACGACCUGGUCAGCAGGCCUGCUUUCAUCUCCUCUGGACGCGGGCCAUCGUCUCCUGGACGUGAACAAAGCACUGCUCCCUGCGUCACUUUCCCACCAGGAACGAGAAAGGAUCACCCCGAGGUUGGUAUAACAGCUCAGGAACAGAUGUACGUGCUGUACGAUGUCAAGCUCCAGUGUCAGCACAACGUUUCCACUCACAGCUCUGCAGAUGACCUUUGCCCCCCGGGUUGGGAUGGUCUGGUCUGCUGGCCGCAGGGCUCUCCUGGAGCUCUCACUGAAGUUCCCUGUCCUAUCUACAUCUACGACUUCAACCACAAAGGUCACGCGUACAGGAAGUGUGAUUUCAACGGUUCCUGGGUGUCAGUAGAGGGAUUGAACCGUACAUGGUCCAACUACUCUGACUGCCUAAGGUUUCUCCAACCAGGCCACGAGGAAGAGAAACAGGAGUUUUUCGAGCGCCUAUACGUUGUGUACACCAUUGGCUACGCUGUGUCCUUCAGUUCACUCCUUGGAGCCAUCAUCAUCAUAGGCUACUUCAGGCGUCUCCACUGCACCAGGAACUACAUCCACGUUCACCUGUUCAUCUCUUUCAUGCUGAGGGCCGCUAGCAUCUUCGUCAAGGACAAGGUGAUCCACGCCAACGGCGGCCUGCAGGAGUUCGACACGGCACUGAUGGACAACUACAAGACCAUCGCCGCCAUGCCCCUCGACAAGACCCAGUUUGUAGGAUGCAAGAUCACAGUCCUGCUGUUCAUCUACUUCCUGGCCACUAACUAUUAUUGGAUUCUGGUGGAAGGCUUGUAUCUGCACAGCCUCAUCUUCAUGGCCUUCUACUCCGACACCAAGUACCUGUGGGGCUUCACUCUCAUUGGCUGGGGUGUUCCCGCGCUCUUUGUCGCUGCCUGGGCUGUUGUCCGGGCAACGCUAGCAGACGCACGAUGCUGGGAGUUAAGCGCGGGGAACAUUAAAUGGAUUUACCAAGUCCCUAUUCUAACAGCCAUCGGUCUCAACUUUAUCUUGUUUGUGAAUAUUGUACGAGUCCUGGCCACCAAAAUGAGAGAGACAAAUGCUGGUCGAUAUGACACGAGGAAACAGUGCAGGAAACUAGCCAAGUCUACUCUGGUGCUGGUGCUGGUGUUUGGGGUCCACUACAUUCUGUUUGUGGGAAUGCCACACACCUUCAAAGGGAUCGGUUGGGAGGUCAGAAUGUACUGUGAGCUCUUUCUCAACUCAUUCCAGGGUUUCUUCGUGUCUAUCAUAUACUGCUACUGCAAUGGAGAGGUCCAGGCGGAGAUCAGAAGGACGUGGAGUCGCUGGAACACGGUGUUUGACUGGAAGGUUCCGGCCACCUGCUCCAGUUACCACUACGGCUCUGUCCCCACCAACCUCAACCAAACCUCCCUCAGCCAAUCACAGGCUGGCACCGCCUCCACCAGCUCCGCCCUCUUCUCUAGUCGGGUGUACCGCAGCCGCAGGGGGCGCACUGGUGGCGGGGGCAGUAGUGGCCACGCCCACCACGCAAGCCUGCCAGGUUACGUGUUCAGCAACUCUGACGUGGACAGCCACCCUCCAUCCAUCCCGGAGGAAGCAGAGGAGAGGGCCAAGCAGGUGGACGACAUCUCCCUUAGGGAGAGCUUCCCCCCAGUGACCUCCAACACCAGCGCUGCGGAAGAGCUGGAGGAAGCCCUGUAGAGUCCCGUAGAGAGAGAGACCCAGGGGUGGGGGGGGGGAGAAGAGAGAGACCAGAGAGCAGAGAAGGGAGAGACCAGGGAGAGAGAGAAUGUAGAGACCAGGGCGGAGAUAAUAACCCUACAGACCUACCAUGACAAAAAUGCUGUGCAAACAGGACUCACUUUAAUGUUUUCUGUAUUUGUGUAUAUGACAGCUCAAAAAUGGUUUCCAUGGCUCAAAAUAAGUAUGGAGUGGUAUUUUCUGUGAUUACACUCUGACGCACGUCCUUUCCAUCCCAACAUCGUUAGUUGUCAUGGUAUGUUCUGUUGAAAGGUUAUUGUGUAAGGGAC